GAUAUAUCGAUACCAUUUGAUGGAGCAGGUUUCAUCUCUAGUUUUCAAACCAAAUAUGGCGAAGUGAUUUUUUUCCACUUUUUAUAUUUAUUCGUCCGGUUUGCAAGCAAAUUGUGUCAGCCUGGUUCGUAAGCCGAUACCAUUCAGAUCGUAAGCCAAGAAAACCACUGAGAUAUGUGGAACCAAUGGCAAGCGGCUUCUGUGCCUAUUUCAGCGCCGCCGCCGACUCCAUCGGUGCCACCUCCUCUGCCGGAUGCCCCUCCUCCGCCGCCGCCGUCGGACCAGGGAGCUUCUGGCGCAGCUGCUGCUUCAGCGCCAUCCGUAUCAACGGCCGUCGCAGCACCCACAGCCACCGUCGGCGGCGUCAGCAUUGCCGUCAACCCUUAUAGCAGCACCGGCCCGGCGACAAUGGGUGGUGCUGGCAACCCCUAUGAGCAGUAUACGGCUGCUCAAUACGCAGCGAUGACUCCGGAGCAGCAGUACGCCCUCCAGCACCACUGGCACCAGUGGCAGACCUACCAGCAGGAGUACGCCAAGUGGCAUGCUCAGUACGGUGAGCAGUACAAGCGCGAAAUGGCUGCUGCGGCUGCAGCUAAUUCAGGAGGAGCGACCGUAACUGUGGCCCCCUCACCCGUCGCCGCUCCGGCCCCCGCCCCCGUCAUCGCUCCCGCACCAGUCCCAACUCCGGUUGCGCCAGGUCCUCAGGCUUAUCCCCCGGGUCAAAACUAUUACCCGACUGUUGCCACAAGCUCCGCUCCUAUGACUGCCGGUCCAACGCCCCCCUUGGUGGGGCCCGGAAUACCCGGAAAGAUAAUGGCUCAGCCGCAGUUGUAUAACCAACCACCACCGCCGCCACCCCAGAAAUCUGGCGGCUUUAAUCAGCAGAACAUGUGGCAAGGACCACCGCCAAAUAUGCAGCACCAGCAGCAAGGGCCGAACAGAUACGGCAACCAAAUUAAUUACAACAACCAAGGCAUGGACAACCAGGGUUUCCCCAAUCUUCAUCAACCACCUCCUAAUUUGCACAGGCCGCCACCGCAGAACCAAAAUCCCGUUCAGCAACAGCAAGACAACCAGUGGGGCAAUAGCCGGUCGCCUUGGCAGCAAGGUUCAUCGGAUAACUCUGGCCAGGGACGCUGGGAUGGCCCUCCACCGCUGCAAAACGACAUUACCAAUCGUUGGAGUGGACCGCCUCCUGGAAUAAGUAACAACACUAACAACGAUAGCAAUCGUGUUCGCUGGGAGCCGCCGGGGCCACUACCGCCACAAGUUACUGGUGCAGAUAAAAAAAGCUGGAUGACUGGGCCACCGCCCGAUGAUCAAAAUCCGAAUCGCCGCUGGGAUGGACCCCCGCCAAGCAUGAACGAUUUGCAGCAGAAUCAGAAUAACCGGCAGAACAGCAAUAGGUGGGGCGGAAAUUCUAAUGACGAAAUUAGAAACAAACCGAAUAACUUUCAGGACCAACGAACCAAUUGGGGAGGCGAUAACAGUCAGGAGUCGGACGGCGUUUCGCGUAAUUCCAACCAAGGCAAAAUCCAGCAGAGCACCUUUACCAAGAACAGCUCGACUGACUUUGUGCGGGAUUUAGCGGGUAACGCUGACAAUUUUGGAAAACGUUCUGGAAACUUUCAAAACAACUAUGGAAAUAACUUUAAUCAGAACCAAAACCAGGGAGGAAAUUUUGGUGGCGGAGGAGGAAAACAAGGAGGUCCUGGUAACUUCGCUAGCAGAGGAGGAGGCCCUGAUAAUUUUGGAAAUAACAAUAAUUUCAAUCAAACCAAUCGCCGCCAAAAUAAUCGCUGGGUUGACAACGAUAAUCGCAACCAAAAUCAAAACAAGAACUUCAAUAACCAGGGAUGCUACGAUGGUGAUAGUGAUAGCGGGAGCUACAACAACUCAAACCGCGGAAACUUCAAUCAGCGUAAUUUCAAUAAUCAACAGAAUCAACAGAACUCCUCGUAUAAUCAAAAUCAACUUUGGAACCAGAACCAACAGCCAAAUCGCCAGCAAAAUCCGCAGCAACAGCCGGACCUAGACGAAGCCAGCUUUGAUCGUCUGUUCGAUCAAUGGGAAAAACAGUUUGAGGAUUGGAAAAAGGCCAACGCCAACCAUCCGGAUAGGGAGGAGUACCACAGAUAUGAGGAAGAGUUUGAAAAACAACGACGUCGGAUUGCCGAACGAAGAGAGCAGAUGCGCCGACGUCGUCAACAAGCUGGCGCAACUGGAGGCGGAAUGGGACAAGGACAAGGAUCUGGAUCGGGGCCAGAAUCAAACUCUAGUUUUGGGGGUGCCUACCAAGAAGGUUCGAGAAGCGAUUCGGAGAAGCCAUCACAUGAAGAACGUGCCGCUGACCAGUUCAGGCCUGUUCAGGGAAAUUAUAAUGAACAGAGUCAAGGUGCCGGCUCGAAUUCAAAUAAAUUCAAUGAACCUUCAAAAAGCAGAACUAAAGCCUUUGCAAAUGAAAACCGUGAAUAUGACAGGGGAAAUGUUGGAAGUACAGAUGGAAGUUACUGGGGCCCUCCAGAUUCAGAGCCAAACUUCACCCCAAUGCCAGAAUCCAGUCAGGAGAACAAGAACACUUCAAAACCAGAAGAUGACAAUGGAAACAAACCCCCUGUAGCUUCUGUUAGCCAGCAAACUAAGCAAACUGCGUCUGCAUCUGUAUCUUCCGCAUCUACAGCAGUGCCACCUGCAAAAACUCUGAUAACAGGAAAACGUCGUCAACCGGGCGGAGACCCUACUUUGACGACGCCCGCCAAACAGGUCCGAGAGGAGGCAAUCCUGACCAUUUCCUUGGACGACGACGACGACGAGGAGGAGGAAGCCGAGUGCAAUAAGAGUCAGGCUGCGGCUACGCCCAUGGGAAAUAUUUUUAAGAAAAGUGAUGGCAUUCCUGGCUUAGAUUUGGUAGACGAGGAAGGCAGCAAGAAUCCGCCUUCGCUUUUUGGAGGCGUGGGCCAACAGGAAGCGUCUGCUCUAUCAAAGCCGUCAGAUCAGCCAGCAAGCAAAAAUCAGAACAACGAAUCCCUUAGCAAUGCACUUAAAGAUCCCGAUUUUAUCAACAACCUUACUCAGGCAGUGGCCAAUGUCCAGGAGCGUGAGCAGCAACAGCAGCAACAAAAGCCACAGGAGCAGAAGAAUGAAGAUGGAGAUAAUUUUGCAGGCAGCGAUGGGCGACCCCUGUCCUUCGCGGAGUGGCAGCGGAAAAAAAACAAUGGGCAGGAUAGUAAAUCGCGGGACUCGUUUGACUCAAGUAGCCCAGGUGGGCAAAAUCAAGCUUCCGAUCCAGGCAAAGACUCUGGCAAGAGUCCAGGCCCAAUUGCAGGUCCCGGACCUGUUCAAAAGUCUGGUUCACGAUAUAGUCCAAAUAUUAAUGACCCCCAAGUGGCUGGCAACAAUUUUAUGAAUUUCGAAGGCAACGAAUCAGGAUGUGGACCAUCGGCGGGUCCUGGCCCUUCCCGUGGUAUGGAAUUUGGUCCCCGAAACUUUGGACCCAGUGGCCAGGGUCCAAACUUCGGUCCAGGUGGUCCUGGAGGGCCAAAUUUUGGACCCAAUUUCGGUCCAGGCGGCCCGGGUCCCAAUUUCGGACCCAAUGGUCCGGGAUUUGGCUUCGGGCCGCGAUCAGGACCUAACUUCAGGCACAACGGUCCCCCAGGCUAUGGUUUUGGAUUCGGACCAAAUUUCGGACCGGGACCGGGUCCAGGACCAGGACCUCGCGGUUUCGGACCACGUGGAGGUGGCUUUGGACCACGACGCGGCGAUGACUUUGGACCACGACGCGGUGACGACUUUGGAGGCCCACCCUUCGGAGGACCCAAUUUCGGACCGGGCGGUGGUUCUGGAGGGCCGAGAGGAUUUAAUGGGCCUAACUUUUUGUCAGGACCCAACAGUGAUAACAAUCCUUUCCGACGUCAGAGCGGUCCGCCCAUGCCCAACUUCGACGAUGACGGCGGAGAAGGUGGUGGUGGUGGUACUCAGCGCGGACAGAGGAACUUUCAGAACCGGAGCUUCGGAGGAGGCAACAACCGCAAAAACUGGAAUGACGGCGAGGUGCCGUUUCCUGACGAACCUGUCUACCGACCGAUGAAGGUUUUCGACUACUCUAACACUCCCACUGCGGCGAAGGUGAUCGACUACGGCCACAUGUCGGCGGACGGCUCAGGACCAAGCGGAAUGCCUAGCAUGGGCUCCGGAAUGCCCGAUUUUCGACCAGUACAGACCUUUGAGUACGGCCAUGCAUCGUUGCCGGGAUCGAAUCGAAUGCCUGCAGGAGGAGGAGGAGGCGGAGUAUGUCUUGGAGGAGGAAUGCGAGGAUUAGGAGGAGGACAGAACUCCAUAGGUUUGGGAGGAGGUUCAGGACAUGGAUAUGGACAGGGAGCUAACUUGGCAGGCAAGCGUAAAAACAAAAGAAAAAAUAAACUGCAACGCCAACAGGGGCGCUAUAACAUACAGGAAAAUGAAAAUCAAAACACUUUGCCAAACGAUGAAAACCGCCAGCCAGAGGACAAUGAAAUGGAAGUAGUCCAUCAAGACGAUUCGUCUCAGGACCAUGGAAGCCAAUCAAAUGAUCUCGAAGAUAUUUCCGACGGUGAAGAUAAUCUUACUCCAAUCGACUGUAAUGAGGUGGAUUCACUGCCGUCGCCCCCAUCUAUGCAAACUUGGAGUGAUGUCUCCGAUCUAGCGGGAAAUCCGCACCUUCCUCAAGUAUCAGUAAAUGAACCUGUAUCUUACGGUCGGGAUAAGAUAUUCACGCCACCUCCAGCAGCCCCGCCAUUGUCUUUGUUUCCCUCAAGGGCCACUGCCAACCAGAAAUUGCCCCAGAUGGUCAGUGCGUCCCACUUGGAGAUGAGCGUGCCGACAAACGAGAAUUGCAACACUAUAACCGUAGACGAAGUGCUGCUCCCGCCCGGACGCCUGACCCGUCCUAAGCGAAUCUGCAUCAUUUUGCGGGGACCACCCGGCUGCGGCAAGUCGCAUGUGGCCCGUCUGAUCAAGGACAAGGAGCUGGAGAUGGGCGGCGCCAAUCCACGCAUUCUCAGCAUUGACGACUAUUUUAUCAUUGAAAAUGACUAUGAAGAGAAGUGUCCCAAGACAGGGAAAAAGAUUCCCAAAAAGGAGAUCCUGUACGAGUACGACGACACCAUGGAGGACACCUAUAUGCAGUAUCUCUUGAAGUCGUUCAAAAAGACGCUGAGCGACAAUUUGUACGAUUUCAUUAUUGUGGACUGCAACAACAAUUCGCUGCGCACGAUGAACGAAUUCUACUGCCAUGCAAAAGACUCAAACUUUGUGCCCUAUAUUGUGGACUUGCACUGUGAUCUGGAAACGUGUCUGGGAAGGAAUUCGCACCAGCGCACCAAAAAUGAUAUUGAGGUGGUGCUCAACAACUGGUGCCCCACGCCACUGCACUACAUCAAACUAGACGUCAGCUCGCUGCUGGAGAACGUGGUGGAGAUGGAAGACGUUGAGAACAUGGCAACGGAUGACAAUGCCAACGCCAGCGACGCUGCUCCGUCGGUCGCAGUUACAGGCUCCGACAUUGCGAAUGUGGAGGAGGAAGACGAUGACAACAGUGCCGAUGCCUCGAACGAUUGCGGCUUCCUGAAAAGCAAGUGGGAGUGCGACACUACCGAGGACAAUUUAGCCCGUUUGGAUGGCACCAAGCGACUGAUGCAGAACCGCAAGGCAGCCAGCAUGGCGGACUACCUCCAGCUGGAUGAAGAAUGGGAGCCACCCAGAUUCACAGCCAACGGGAAAAAGAGGGUACGCUGGGCCGACAUCGAGGAAAAGCGUUCGCAGGAAAAGAUGCGCGCAAUCGGAUUCGUAGUAGGUCAGACCGAUUGGAACCGGAUGAUGGAUCCUCAUGCUGGGAGUCGGGCUUUGAACAAGACAAAAUAUAUUGAGCGCAUUAAUAAGCGUCGGUAGGCGCCUUUUUCUGGCAAAUGACAAUUGUCAGUAGGCACGCAGACUCAGACAACUUGCGUUAUUGAUCGUAAUGCAUUUCCAGGGAGCAUGCGGGGAUUGGAACACUCUUACCCAACAACCACCAUGUACUAAAUAAAAACCACCAUUACCACCACCUACCAUCAAUAAUAGCUUCAAAGGCCUCCAAAUUAAAAUAAUUACUUAUCAUCUACGCUAUUCAGUAUAAUAUUGUAAUCAUUCAAUCCAUUGUUGCAUUAACUUUUUGUGGAGGAAACAAUGUUCGUGUCGCUGAGCUCACGAUGCAUUUGAUCACAUUAAUAAUUAUUUUAAAUAUCCAUCCCUUCGCGGGAUGAGUAAGUAGACUAAAGCAUAUGUUUAGAAUAGCAAUUUAAACUUUUGUAUUUGAAUUUGAAAUUUAGACAUUUCAUAGUCGACGAAAUAAGAAACUUGCAAAAUUUGUAUGUAUAGAAAAUAUAACAUACAUAGAAACAGGA